AUGGCUUUGAACCUUUCCUCUCGAGCAGCCAGGACCGCCUGCGCCGCGUCCAAAUCUAUCGCUCGCCCAAUUGCAACACUCAUCCCAUCCCGCACCAUCACCACCUCUCCGGAGGAGUCGAAUCAACAAGAGAAGCCCCGAUGGUCCUACACUCCAGCGACGGCCAAGGCCCCGUUCAGUCUGCACCUUGACUCUAAACGCCCGGCCUUCCACGUUAACUCAGACCCGCUCAUGCUGGACCGCUUCUACAUCCGAUUGUUCGGCAGUGGCGGCGACAAGAUUCUCUCCGACGAGACCAAGUGGCUGGCAGUGACACAUAAGAGUUUCGACCAAGGGCGCCGCGGUUUCAACGACCGACUGGCUUUCCUGGGAAAACGCAUUGUGCAGCUGCAAGCAUCGCUGGCUUUGGCGCAGGGUGUGUCACGCGCAGGCGCGGCUCCAGAUAACUUUGGUCGCGUGCCUUUUACCCACCCGGCUCUGGAUGGAUUGCACAAUCUCUCUAGCGAGAAGAAGCGAAUCCUCACCGAGCGGUCGAAGCUUGCUGAACUUGCAAACAAGUACGAGUUGCAGAAGGUUCUCCGAUGGAGUCCUAGAAUGCCGAAUGACCUCCGCGCCUCCGGUAUCCAGCUCGUUCUCGCGCAUACUAUGUACGCCCUUAUUGGCGCUGUCUCGUUGGAGAAGGGUGGUGUCGUCGCCACUAAAUUGGCCCGGGAGCGGAUACUUGAACCCCUGGGUGUCAAGUCUGCCUCGUAG